CAUCGCAGCCAACAACCUUUUAUCCCUUUCAGCCUCUCAAAAAUACAAAGUAAUUCUUCAGCUUAAUAUCCACCUUAAAAGCUUCCAUGAUGCAAGUUCUCAAGUUUGUUCAAGUAAUCGGCCUGCUGGCUAUCGGUACUACCGCGCUUCCCGCUCCGGCUAAGACUGCCAUCCAGCAGCAGCAUAACAAACUUCAACCCACCCUCCGCGAGUGCCAGAAGUACUGUUCAACAGCCCCCAAAGUUUUGCCUCGUGGUGGCGACCAGCCCGGAGUUUGGAGCUUUUAUUGCAACACAUGCGAUGUUUACGUUUAUACCAGAGCCGAGGUCGAAGAUCAUAGGCAUGAAAAGAAUUAGUUGUCCUAUUACUGCGGCUAAAGGCAUCUGAGUUCCUUUUUCUUUUGUGUUAAACAGUCGGUUAUGUUCGGCCUCGUCAUAUAAACGCCACCACGCUGGGUUGUUUUCUCAUUUUCUUUAUUUCUGCUCAAAGUCUUGGUUUAUAUAUAUAUGUUGGAAUAAAAGGGAUUGCGUUUAAUUCAUCAAUUUAAUCGAUGGCUCACGUGUGGACCCGCACGUGACUUAUCCGACCCUCGAUUACGGGUAUAAAAGCAGAAAAACGAUUAGGAAUUCGAACGUAAAUAAAUUAAUCGUUAAACAAAAAUAUAUUAUUUUUUACCCAAUA